GGAGCGCUACCCGCCUGCGCCUGCCGGAGCUGGGGGUGGCGGCCAGGGAAGGCAGAGGGGAGAGCGCGGGGAACAAACAGGGACAGCUCCGAGGACGGGCCCGCCCCGCUCCGGGGCCGCGCGCCGCCGCCGCCGGUCCCGCCCCUCUCCCUGGCCGCCCGUGCCCGCGCGCUGAGCGGCCGCCAUGUUGUUGUGGUUGUGAGGAGGCGGUGGCAGCGGAGAGCGGCCUGGCGACCCCGACCCGUCGCCCCCACCCCAGGCAGGAGGCCGUGCCCCGGGGCGCUACGCGCCAUGCCCCGUCGCACGCUUUCAAUGUGAAGUGUCAGAAAAGCAACAUCUGAAACUUGCUGGGACAAAGAAGACUCAUUUGUUACCUAUCACUAUUUGCUUUUACUGUUACGGAAAGAAGAGCCUCAAAGUGUUGUGAGCAAAGACGAGAAUUUCUCCUCCUAGCCUGGGCCUGUCAUGGAUGAAGAGACUCAGCACAGCCUUGAAUGCAUCCAGGCUAAUCAGAUCUUUCCCAGGAAGCAGCUGAUCCGAGAGGAUGAGAAUCUUCAGGUCCCUUUCCUUGAACUUCAUGGUGAGAGCACAGAGUAUGUGGGACGAGCAGAGGAUGCCAUCAUUGCACUUUCUAAUUACAGACUGCACAUCAAAUUCAAGGAGUCUGUUGUGAAUGUUCCAUUACAGCUUAUAGAAAGUGUUGAAUGCCGAGAUAUAUUUCAACUUCAUUUGACUUGCAAAGACUGCAAAAUUAUCAGGUGUCAGUUCUCUACCUUGGAGCAAUGUCAAGAGUGGCUUAAGCGACUGAACAAUGCCGUUCGCCCUCCUUCGAAGAUAGAGGACCUUUUUUCGUUUGCAUACCAUGCUUGGUGUAUGGAGGUAUAUGCCAGUGAAAAAGAACAGCAUGGAGAUUUGUGCCGGCCAGGGGAGCAUGUAACUUCGAGGUUUAAAAAUGAAGUUGAACGGAUGGGUUUUGAUAUGAACAAUGCCUGGAGGAUAUCCAAUAUCAAUGAGAAAUACAAGCUCUGUGGUAGCUACCCACAGGAGCUCAUAGUUCCCGCCUGGAUCACGGACAAGGAGCUGGAGAGUGUGGCAAGCUUUCGGUCCUGGAAGCGUAUCCCAGCUGUGGUUUACAGGCACCAGUGUAAUGGGGCAGUAAUUUCCCGUUGUGGACAGCCCGAGGUCAGCUGGUGGGGCUGGAGAAAUGCAGAUGAUGAACACCUUGUCCAGUCAGUGGCCAAAGCAUGUGCCUCAGACUCUAGGUCAAAAAGCGGCAAAUUAAUGAAUGGAAAUUGUUCCAGAGACUUCUCCAAUGGAGGGGACCUCUCUGAUGUGGAAUUUGAUUCCUCAAUUUCUAAUGCUUCAGGAGCAGAAAGUUUGGCCAUCCAGCCUCAGAAGCUUUUGAUCUUGGAUGCACGUUCUUAUGCAGCUGCUGUGGCUAACAGAGCCAAAGGUGGAGGCUGUGAGUGCCCAGAGUAUUAUCCAAAUUGUGAAGUGGUGUUCAUGGGGAUGGCAAACAUCCAUUCUAUCCGGAAGAGCUUUCAGUCGCUGCGCUUGCUCUGCACACAGAUGCCAGACCCAGGAAAUUGGUUAUCAGCACUGGAAAGUACCAAAUGGCUGCAGCACUUGUCUGUGCUUCUGAAAUCUGCACUAUUGGUAGUGCAUGCAGUAGACAGAGACCAGCGACCAGUCUUGGUGCACUGCUCGGAUGGCUGGGACCGAACCCCACAGAUAGUGGCACUGUCCAAACUGCUGCUAGAUCCAUAUUACAGGACCAUAGAGGGUUUCCAGGUGCUAGUGGAGAUGGAAUGGCUGGAUUUUGGCCACAAGUUUGCAGAUCGCUGUGGCCAUGGUGAGAAUUCGGAUGACCUAAAUGAGCGCUGCCCAGUAUUUUUACAGUGGUUGGACUGCGUCCAUCAGCUCCAGAGGCAGUUCCCUUGCUCUUUCGAGUUUAACGAAGCAUUCCUUGUCAAAUUGGUGCAGCACACCUACUCUUGCCUCUUUGGUACAUUCCUGUGCAACAAUGCGAAGGAGAGAGGAGAAAAACAUACUCAGGAAAGGACAUGUUCUGUCUGGUCUCUGCUGCGAGCAGCAAACAAAGCCUUCAAAAACCUGCUUUACUCCUCCCAGUCAGAAACUGUGCUGUAUCCAGUGUGUCAUGUGCGUAAUUUAAUGCUCUGGAGUGCAGUUUACCUACCAUGUUCUUCCCCUUCCACCCCUGCUGAUGACACCUGUGCCCCUUACCCAGUUCCAGGCUCCAGCCCUGAAGAUCAGUCUCUGGGCAGGCUACCAAAGACGAGAUCGUUUGACAAUCUGACAACGGCCUGCGACAGCAACGUGCCUACGACUAACCGACGUAGUAGUGAUCCCAGCCUAAAUGAAAAGUGGCAAGAGCACCGUAGGUCCCUGGAGCUGAGCAGCCUUGGCAACCCAGGGGAUGAUCCAUUUGAUGGGGACAGCCUGAGCAAACAAGGCAGGGCUCUUGUUGGAGCAGAGCUUUCUGUUGCAGCUGGCGUGGCAGAGGGACAGAUGGAGAACAUUUUGCAGGAAGCCACCAAAGAGGAUGUUGGUCUGGAGGAGCUCUUGAGGGGUACCCUGGAGACAACAGGCAAAGAGGAUGAGGAGGAGGUUAUCCUGGGUAAAGAGAACAGAACUGAAAAUCUUGAUGGGUAUGUUGAUGGCCUCUAUGAAAAGACUGAGAUGGAUACAGAUACUUUAAUAAACAAUCCAGUGUCCAAUCCACAUUCAGUUUCACAAGGUUCUUCUGAGCUUAAAAGACAACAGGAGGAGCCUAUGGAUCUCAGUAACAGUAUCCAGAAGUUACUUCAGGUGAAAGGACUACAAACUAUUCCCUUGGAGAGUACUGUAAAUAGUGACAUUCAGAAGAAUGUGGAGGGAGGUGUUAGUAGACUUCAUAUAGAGGCAGAGAGCCCUCCAUUGCCCAUCACAAUCCAACAUGAGGCAAAAACAUCCAACAUGGAAAGUUCUACCGAAACCUUAACCGAGAAUGGAGCAAAGCAAGAGCUGAUUCAGAAAGGCCCUUGCCACGGACCUCAUCUGAUGGACAACAGUGCUGAAGAACUUUCUCAAACAACUGAAAACAGAACUGAGGGGGAAAACAUGAUAAAGCUACACAGACUGGGAACAAAAGUAAACAGGACUUCUAACAGCAGCAACACACACAGCUCAAUGCCUUCCCCUUGUGCCUUGCCUUUAGCUGAAUGUAAAGAUGAGAUUGUGUGUAAUGGGGAGCUGGAGACUGAGAACAAGGUGACAGAGAAACCUGCAGGGUUUAGUAUUACCCAGAAAUACCCUGCAGCAAAUGGACACUGUGUGAAUGGAGAGGAUGAUAGGAUCAAAGCCUCUCUGAGCCGGCAGGUCUCUACAGCUAGUUGUAGUUCUGCCCAGUUUCACUUGAGGAACUUGCACCAUAAGUGGGUGCAUGGCCAUUCUGGGAGGCAACAGACAGUUUGCAGCCCAGACCAACCCACCAGGAGCCACUUGGAUGAUGAUGGGAUGCCAAUCUACACUGAUGUUAUCCAGCAGCGCCUGCGUCAGAUUGAAACUGGGCAUCAGCAGGAAGUAGAGAUAUUGAAGAAGCAAGUGCAGGAGUUGAGGAGCCGGUUGGAGAGCCAGUACCUGAAUAGCUCACUACGUUUCAAUGGCGAUUAUGGGGACGAAGUGACUUCAAUACCCGACUCGGAAAGCAAUCUGGAUCAGAACUGCUUGUCUCGCUGCAGCACAGAGAUUUUCUCUGAAGCCAGCUGGGAGCAGGUGGAUAAACAGGACACAGAGGUGACACGAUGGCUUCCAGACCACCUAGCUGCACACUGCUAUGGCUGUGACAGUACAUUCUGGCUUGCCAGCAGGAAGCACCACUGCAGGGACAUUGAACGUGUUGAUCAAACCUGUUUUUUCUAAUAGCAGUUUCUAAUGGAGUCCAUACGAAGACUUCAAAAACCACUGUACGAGUCUAGCCAAAGUGAGUUUCCUAGUGCUAAGGUUAGAGCUUUAUAACCAGAAGCUGCUGUGCAGAGCUGGGAAAGUUAGCCCAUUGAGGUGAGAAAUGGGAUUUCCCUUUGCUGUCUGUCACUCCACCAGUUACUAGCAUCAGGAAAUCUUGUCUCCUGGCAUUGAAAGAUUAAUCAAGGCUGCUAGACACAUUCAGACUUUUCUGCCCAUCAGUCUCUAGGCAGCAGGAAAUCAAGAUCUCCCCCUAUAAGCCUCUACUGGCACAAAAUCCUGACACCAACGAGUUGAUGAGAAAAACAUAAGCCAAGCAGAUAAACUCUGGAAGCUUCUGUGUAAAAUUUGAAAACUUCAGCUCCCUGAAGUACAGUGCUAACGCCUUAGUAAUGCCUGCCUAGUUUUGGAGGGCAGGGGUGUGAAUUAUAGUGCUCAUCAGCUUAGAAUGAUCAGAGCCAGGAUUUGGGCGGGUGCGGG